AUGUCGCUCUGCAGAGCUACGAUGCGACCCCCGGUGACAUCAUCCGCCACCAUGCUCGGUUUUGCGAGAAAGACUUCAACCGGCACACCAACACGCUCCCUUCGACUAUUCUCGUCAUACGGCAACUCGUAUCGGUCGUCGAAGCGGGACAUGCAGACCGCAACCGCCUACCGUCCCCAUUCGUUGCCGUCGUCCUUCCCUCCGCCUCGUGCCAACGGAGGUUCCGGUACUAUCUCGGCCGAUUUCCCCCCUACCCGAGAGACGACAUUCCAACAGAAGCCGGAACAACGCAGCGAUCCUUCGACUGUCAAAUCCAGCGAGAGUGAACCGCAGAAACAGACAUCCGCAGAGCCCGCCACCACAGCCCCGAAGGCGACGGGAAAGCCUCGAAGGAAGUUGCGCCCUCGCAAGGCCGCCAUGAAAGUCACGCCAUUAGCCAUCGAACAGCUUCGCAAAUUGGUAUCGCAGCCGGAUCCGAAGUUCAUUCGAGUGGGGGUGAAGAACCGUGGCUGUUCCGGCCUCGCCUACCAUCUCGAAUACGUGGAAAAGCCGGGCGCGUUCGAUGAGGUUGUCGAACAAGAUGGCGUCAAGGUCCUGAUUGACAGCAAGGCGCUGUUUAGCAUCAUCGGCAGUGAGAUGGACUGGCAGGAGGAUAAGCUGAGCCGCCGAUUUGUUUUCCGAAACCCCAACAUCAAUUCUUUCGUACGACUCGACCAAAAACCACACGCCCCUCCCGCAGAAAUCCCCCAUGAGCCAAAAAUGACCUCCCCACACAUCCAAACCCCCGAUCCCUCCCCCAAGGACAACGAUCCAACACCAACAACAGACGCCCUCUUCCUCGUCAUCCGCUUCUCCGCCUCCCUCCCAGACCUCCCGCUAGAAGUCUACUCCCCCGAAACAACCACCGCCGCAGGCCUAAAGCAGCUGAUCCGCACCCGCCUCCCACCAGAUCUAUCCGCGCAUCGCCUCCGUCUUAUCUACGCCGGCCGCGGCCUCGAAGAUACAAGACCGCUUUCUGUUACGCUACGGCUACCACCACCGCCCUUGUCCUUGCGCGCGCGCCUCUCGCUCGAUGAUGAUAGCAAUGGAUAUCCUGAAGAUAAGGGCAAGGGGAAGCAGCCUGUGCGCGAACCGCCCCGUCUCUAUGUACACUGCUCGAUUGGGGAUAUAGUUCUCUCCGCUGUGGACUUGGCUGCUGAAGCGGCUGUGGCGUCUACGUUGCAACAGCAGAAGCAGGCGCAGUCGCAGUCGCAAUCGCAAUCGCAACCAGGGGGUGAUAAUGAGGCCGCUGAUGAUCAGCAACGAUCUACGACGACGCCCGCCCCGCGCGGAUUCGACCGCUUGCUAUCAGCGGGGUUCACGCCCGCGGACGUGUCAAUGCUAAGAGCGCAAUUUUUGGCAAUCCAGUCCGUGUCGCGCACGCCGGACACGAUGCCGAGCGGGGCGGAGCUGCGCGAGCUGGAAGAUCGAUGGAUGGACGAGGGGUCGUCGCCUAUGGCGAAUGCGACUGGGACGGGCGGCGACGGGGGCGUAGCCUUUGCGGAUGACGACGGCGGGUUCGGGUCUGGUUCGCAUGGGGCGAUAGAUGAUAUGCUGUGGGGUGCGGUCAUGGGGUUCUUUUGGCCCGUGGGCUGUGCGAUGUGGUUGAGAAGGGAGGAGGGCAUUUGGAGUUGGAGGAAGGGGUUGGCUGUUUUUGUGGGCAUCGUGGUGAAUAUGGCUUUCGGGGCGAUGCGGGUGAUGGGGUGA